AUGAAGCGUCUUAGCUUGCAAGCAAUUCCCUUGUCUCCUCCUAUGGUGGUUACUACCGCCAUGGAUGAUAUGGUGGAGACACCAUUGAUUUGUGAAAAUUGUUCGCUCUCGGUAAAUGGUAGAAUUUUUCAGAUUGAUCUUAUUUGUUUACCACUUAAGAAGGUUGAUGUGGUUUUGGGGAUGGAUUGGCUUUCCGCCAACUUGGUGUUUAUUGGUUGUGAAGAGAAGUUGAUUAUCAUUCAAUCUAGUGAAGCUACUCCAAAGGAUGUCUUAACUACAAUCUUGGAAGGUAUGGUUGGCAUGGUUAAUUUCUUAUUUGAGAAUGAAAAGUCAGUUCUCUUGGUUCUUACCAAGGAAUCUAGCGAUAAUCUGAGUGUUACACAAAUCCCCGUUGUUUGUGAAUUUUCGGAAGUUUUUCUUGAGGAUGUCUCCUCUCUUCCUCCUGAAAGGGAAGUGGAAUUCUCUAUUGAUUUGAUACCUAGGACGGCUCCAAUCUCUGUCUCUCUGUAUCACAUGGCGCCACUAGAGUUGAGGGAGUUGAAGAAUCAAUUGGAAGAGUUGUUGGGUAAGCAUUUUAUCUGA